AUGGGGAAUAUAUCUACAAGACGUCGUUCUACCUUGAAAAUCAUCUUUAAUGGUAAACGCUACUUACGCGAUUCCCGUGUGACCAUCGCGCCGUAUCUCCUAAAUCGUACAAAACCACCCGAAGAUAUUUUGAAUAAUCUUACCUCCGAAGACGCUGCUCGACUAGAUCUUAUCAGAGCCGAACAUAACAUGUUUAUUGCCAGUGGUAAAGCUGUGCCACCAAGUUUAUCAGCUGGAGAUUACCUUGAACUCUUGUGCUGCCCAUCAGUCAGCGCCCGAAACCGUUAUUACUUGUUUAGGUUUAAGGUAUUUCAGCGCAGAGAAGCUAAACGUUUGGAACAGCUGUCGAAGGCGACAACUAAGCCCACAACCGAACUCACUCAAAAAAAUCAGAUACUUCGUAUGAUACGAUCUCACCCGAUUCGGGCUCACCAAGACGAUUGGGUGGUCGCUGAACUUCGAACGGCCGAUGAAUCUGCCCAAACCCUCGUGUUUGAUUGCUCUCACGAAAAUGAAAUGCGUCUUGUUGACCAGAAAAAUCUUGCAAAACAGUUAGCGAUGGCAUUUUCUCGCAACAGGGAAAUGCGACCCUUUCCCUUUCAUUUUAUGUUUACAAGUCUCUCACCUGGCACCAACCAGUACCACUUCUUUGAGCAAGCAUUUGGAGUACACGAGUCGAUGAGCAAAUAUAAGUCCCUUGAUGACUGCCCGUUCACAGUGAAAUCAGAACACUUCACAAAGGUAGUGAGUGGUCGUAGAGUCGUCUACCUCAGUCCGAACGCUCCGCGCGCCUUCGAUAGCGGCGAGUUUGACCACGAUGCUGUCUACGUUGUUGGUGGCAUCGUUGAUAAGGCCAUCCGUCGACCAGUUACGCACGCAUGGGCUCGCCGCUCAGGUUAG